AUGUGUCUUUCAAAGUGUUGUUACAAGCAUGAAGUUGUUUUCAUCAUCUUAUGGUUUUUCUGCUGUUUCGUACCGGCUUCUGCGCAACUUAUCAAUGUCACUGACCCUACGGAAGUGAUGGCAUUGAGGAGCAUACAUGAAAGUUUGAUUGAUCCAAAUGGACAUUUGAGCAAUUGGAACGAUGAUGAUCCAUGUCUGUCUAACUGGACAGGAGUUGUGUGCUCUAAUGAAACAAUAGAGGAAAACUUUCUACAUGUUGUUGAAUUGGAACUACUGAAAUUCAACUUGUCUGGAACUUUGGCACCAGAUAUUGGCAACCUGGCUUAUUUGAAAAUAUUGAAUUUCAUGUGGAACAACAUAAGUGGGACAAUUCCAGUUGAAAUUGGCAAUAUCAAAUCUUUGGAACUUUUGUUUCUGAGUGGGAAUGAAUUAACAGGAGCAGUGCCAGAGCAACUAGGGUUUCUUCCAAAUCUACGUAUUGUGCAAAUUGAUGAAAACAAAUUAUCAGGACCUAUACCUUUAUCAUUUGCAAAUUUGAACAAAACAAAACACUUUCACAUGAACAAUAACUCACUUAGUGGGCAAAUCCCACCAGAACUUUCCAAAUUACCAAGCCUUAUUCACUUGCUUCUGGAGAACAAUAAUUUAUCUGGAAUUCUUCCACCUGAGCUAUCUGAUACGCCAAACUUGAGUAUACUACAACUUGACAACAAUAACUUUGGAGGAAAUAGCAUUCCAGAUUCUUACGUCAACAUGUCAAAAUUGGUCAAAUUGAGCCUUAGGAAUUGCAACUUGCGUGGACCAAUUCCUGAUUUAAGCUUAAUACCACACCUUCUUUAUAUUGACCUUAGUUCCAAUCAGUUGAAUGAAUCAAUUCCUCCUAAUAAGCUUGCUGAAAAUAUCACAACUGUUAUUUUGUCAAACAACAAUCUUACUGGAACUAUUCCAUCCUAUUUUUCUGAUCUUCCACGACUCCAGAAAUUGUCGCUUGCAAACAAUUUAUUGAGUGGAAGUGUUCCUUCCAGCAUUUGGCAGAACAAGAUUUCAAAUGCUGAUAAAAGAUUGCUACUAGAGUUGCAAACCAAUCAAUUUAUAAACAUAACAGGCAGUACUAAUCUUCCUCCAAAUGUCACACUCUUGCUUGAUGGGAAUCCCCUGUGCUCAGAUAACACAUUGAAUCAGUUCUGUAAACUUGAAGGAGCUGGUAGUGAAACAAAUGGCACAUCUCCAAAAAACUCCAGUAACCCUUGUCCAAAUCAAAAAUGUCCACCUCCUUAUGAAUUCUACGUGAAUUGUUUCUGUGUGGCUCCAUUGAUUAUUGGUUAUCGAUUGAGAAGUCCCGGUUUUUCAUACUUUCCUCCAUAUUUCAAUGCAUUUGAGGAAUAUUUGACUUCUAAUCUUAAGCUACAUGCCAAUCAACUAAGCUAUACUUUUGAGUGGCAAGUAGGACCACGGGUGCUAAUGAUCUUGAAGUUUUUUCCUGAAUAUGUUGAUAACAAUAGCUCUCGCACUUUCAAUUCAAGUGAAAUCCAACGGAUCAGAAACAUGUUCACUGGAUGGGUCAUUCCUAACCGUGAUUUGUUUGGGCCAUAUGACCUGAUGGACCUGGUUCCUUAUAAUAACAGGACUGGGACCUCUUCCAAUUCAGGCAUAAGCACGGGUGCUUUGGUUGGCAUAAUUUUAGGCUCAAUUGCGUGUGUAAUUUCGUUGUCUGCAAUUUUUAUUCUUUUAGUAUUAAGAAUAAGAUUAAGACGUCAUGAUGCAGUUUCCAAACCACGCCAUUCAUCUAAGAUCUCAAUACAAAUAGAUGGCACAAGAGCUUUUACUUAUGAGGAGUUGUCCGCUGCUACAAACAAUUUUGACAACAAUGCUCAAAUUGGACAAGGAGGGUAUGGGAAGGUUUAUAAAGGUAUUCUUUCCAAUGGCACUGUGGUUGCCAUAAAACGUGCACAGCAAGGAUCACUGCAAGGUGAGAAGGAAUUUCUCACUGAAAUAAGACUACUAUCAAGGAUACAUCAUCGCAACCUUGUAUCUCUGAUUGGAUACUGUGAUGAAGAAGGGGAACAGAUGCUGGUUUAUGAAUUUAUGUCCAAUGGCACUCUAAGGGACAACCUUUCUGUUACAUCAGAAAAACCUUUGAAUUUUGCUAUGAGAUUGAAGAUAGCACUCGAGUCAGCUAAAGGUCUCAUGUAUCUACACACAGAAGCUGAUCCUCCAAUAUUUCACCGAGAUGUUAAGUCAAGCAACAUAUUAUUAGACUCUAAGUUCACUGCAAAAGUUGCAGAUUUUGGACUUUCACGGCUAGCCCCAGUUUCAGAUGUUCAAGGAAUUGUACCUGGUCAUGUAUCCACAGUGGUAAAGGGAACACCGGGUUACCUUGAUCCAGAGUAUUUCUUAACUCACACAUUGACCGACAAGAGUGAUGUUUACAGUCUCGGUGUUGUGUUUCUAGAACUUUUGACUGGGAUGCACCCCAUUGCACAUGGGAAAAAUAUUGUCAGAGAGGUUAAUAUUGCUUUCGAAUCGGGUGAGAUAACUUCAGUUAUUGAUAAACACAUGGGGUCUUAUCCAUUUGAGCAUGCAGAAAAGUUUUUAAAUUUGGCUCUGAAGUGUUCUGAAGAUGAGCCAGAGCCACGUCCUAAAAUGGCAGAAGUGGUUAGAAUACUUGAAAACAUUUGUUCUGUGAUGACAGAUUCAGAUACAACUAGAGAUACAUCUACAACCAGUGAUUCUCGCAAAACAGUUAGCUUUCUUGGCACACCUUCUUCAUCCUCAACCAUAGAUACUCCCAUUGUAUUAAGAACUGUGUAA